ACCUACCCUACGAGUACCCUUGGCUAGCAUUCUUGACACCACUGGCUGCUAAACGCCACAUUUCUACAAUUCAUACCGUACCGUUUCCCCCACUCCCACACCUCCCACCAACCUACAUCCCCCACGACACAACCCACAUAACUGUCUCGCACGGGGAGGGGUGCAUAUCUGUGUUGCGAUUGACAAACAGCCCGGCGGUGCAGUCGGGGGGAGGGGGAUACCCCUAGGCUUUAGCAGCGUGUGAGAAAGGUAUGGUCCGAAACUCCUCCGUCUUGUUAUUCCAUCCCCUCAAACUAACAAUAAAGACAGGAGGUAACGGUAUACAAAACAGAAAUCACAAGAUCUCCCAUCCUCCACGCAAGUCCCUAUCCCUCCCCGCACUCCAGUGAAAAUGGGAAAGAGACAUGACAGAUGAAACCUCCAGAGGCACAUACACCUCCCCAGGCGAUCCACCGUACUCCUGUCCUUUCCAGAAUCAUCCAGGAAGUCCCGUCGUUCUUGCAGGACCGCCAGCCAACACGCAACCAGCCAUCACCGAAGAGUAACAAUAAUGAUAAAAUGAGGAAGGCGAAACGCCGAAUUUCAGGAGCCGAAAAGGUACGAUACAGCAUCGCCAACGCAAGAACUUCUUGCCCUUGGAACCCAUUGCGAAAUCAGGAAACGAACAAAGGCCAGAGGUCAUGGAAGGAUGGCAGGACGCGGUGGACGAUUCCGGAAGUAACAAGAGUACCGUAUGUACGUACGGUGCACCAUUUAUGAGUGCCGCGGAUUUCAAUAGAAGAUCCAUCUAACAUCCUACAGAGAGGUUUCCUGGAUAUAAAUGCCUUCCCCCCCCCGCCAUCACACAUAGGAGAUUGCAGAGGAAUAGGAUCUGAAAGGCUUUUCGACCCCGUUUUACAAUAGAUAUACACAUCUACCUUCGCCACCAGUUUCGAGAGGGGGACGAGGAGACAAGCAAGACAACAAAGUUUCUGACCAUAUCAUAACGUACCUUCCUCCCUCUCUCUAACAGCAAAAGUCCAGCACUACCGGUAUUCCUUCCACCCACUGUACUGUACUAGUACUGUACCCAACUAUAACCGUACCCCUACGCUAUCUCUUAAUCACCCCACAACCAUUCAAGCCCUUUCCCCUUGCGUGAUACGGGACAACUUGAUGGGCAGAAACCGGUUCACCUCAUUCCGGACGCUAGUGAAUAG